GGAGUUCACGCGCAUUCUCAGUGCGAUGGGAGUCCUGUGAGGAGGAUGGACCCACGGCAAAUACUGCGACUCUUGGUCGUUUUAUCGGGAUUGAACGGAGCGUGUGAUGCUCUGUUCUGUAACUGCACUACACCACACUGUGCGAAGGAUGAUUUUAAGUGCGAGACCAACGGGGCGUGCGUGGCCUCCACCUCUGUCAUUAAAGGACAGGAGCAGCACGUGCGGCUCUGCAUUGAGAAAGAGAAGCUGGUUCCUCCGGGCCAGCCAAUCUACUGCCUCAGCACAGAGGGACUGGUGAACACACACUGUUGCUACUCAGAUUACUGCAACAGCAUUGACCUCAGAGUACCAACAGUGACGAACGAACCGGGUGCAGAACAGGACUGGGGGCCGGUGGAGCUCACGGCAGUGGUGGCGGGUCCGGUCUUUGUGCUGUGUGUGCUGGUUCUGCUGGGUCUCUUCCUCUUCCAGCACCACCAGCGAGCUUACGGCCAUCGGCAGAGGCUGGAGGUGGAGGAUCCCAGCACUGAACACAUGUUCCUGGCCAAGGACAAGACCUUACAGGACCUCAUCUAUGACCUCUCCACCUCAGGAUCUGGGUCAGGUCUGCCACUGUUUGUCCAGAGGACAGUGGCCCGUACUAUAGUGCUGCAGGAGAUCAUCGGUAAAGGGCGCUUUGGGGAGGUGUGGAGGGGGAGGUGGAGAGGAGGAGACGUCGCGGUGAAGAUCUUCUCCUCUCGUGAAGAACGCUCCUGGUUUCGUGAAGCUGAAAUCUACCAGACCAUCAUGCUCCGCCACGAGAAUAUUCUGGGUUUCAUUGCGGCAGACAACAAAGAUAAUGGCACAUGGACUCAGUUGUGGUUGGUGUCAGACUAUCAUGAGAGUGGAUCCCUGUUUGACUAUCUGAACCGAUAUUCAGUCACCAUCGAGGGCAUGAUCAAACUGGCACUGACGGCUGCCAGCGGCCUGGCACAUCUGCAUAUGGAGAUAUUGGGCACUCAGGGUAAGCCUGGCAUCGCUCACCGUGACCUGAAGUCAAAGAACAUCCUGGUAAAGAAAAACUGCACGUGUGCAAUCGCUGAUCUCGGCCUGGCAGUUCGUCACGAGUCCGUCUCUGACACCAUCGAUAUCGCCCCCAACCAACGCGUCGGCACUAAGAGGUACAUGGCACCUGAGGUUCUAGAAGAGAGUAUAAACAUGCGUCACUUUGACUCGUUUAAAUGCGCUGAUAUCUACGCUUUAGGACUCGUGUACUGGGAGAUUGCUCGCCGCUGCAAUGCAGGAGGAAUUCACGAAGAGUACCAACUGCCCUACUAUGACCUGGUGCCCUCCGAUCCAUCCAUAGAAGAAAUGAGGAAAGUUGUAUGUGACCAGAGGUUGCGACCCAACAUACCGAACUGGUGGCAGAGCUAUGAGGCGCUGCGUGUGAUGGGGAAGAUCAUGCGGGAGUGCUGGUACGCGAACGGCGCUGCGCGACUGACGGCUCUCCGUAUCAAGAAAACCCUGUCUCAACUCAGCGUGGACGAAGACAUGAAAAUCUGAACGCAAACACUACCUUCAGCGCGCGAGAGAGAGAGCGUAACACACCUAGGAAAGACGACGUGUACAGACAUGCUACCACUCUAAACUAUCCUGCCAGUUUAAGAAGUAUUUCCGUCCACUCGGUUGUGACGGGGCCUACCUCACCCCACCGCCAAAACUACUGAACCUACGCUAGCGUCUCUCCCUCUGAAAAUACUGACAC